CCUUAUACGUCAGUCAGACAACAAUGGCGGCCUUCGCUGUAGCACGGAGCAGCUGCGGUCUGCUUUCCGGACUAAAAUCUUCUUUUAAAACAUUCGGACAGGUAAAACAUGGCGUGGCUUCGGCAGCCGUUGCACAGUCCCAGCUGCAGCAACAGUCGCGGCGGUGGUAUUCCGUUAGUCAUCUCUCSGUUCAGGAGAGGAUAGACAGAAAGAGGAGUGCUGCGCUGAUCGGAGGAGGUCAGAAGAGAAUUGACGCGCAACACAAAAGGGGGAAGCUGACAGCCAGAGAGAGAGUUGCGCUCCUGUUGGAUAAAGACUCGUUUGUAGAGUAUGACAUGUUUGUGGAACAUCGCUGCUCUGACUUCGGCAUGGAAGAGGACCACAACAAGUUCGCAGGGGACAGUGUGGUGACUGGACAGGGGAGGAUCAACGGAAGGCUGGUGUAUGUCUUCAGUCAGUGAUUUGGAGGGCGAGUUCUGUCUGGGGCUCACGCACAGAAGAUCUGUAGUAUCAUUGGACCAGGCGUCAUGAUGGUGGUGCCCAAGUCAUUGGUCCUGAACGACUCUGGCGGAGCAACGUCCCAGGAGGGGGUGGAUUCACUGGCUGGAUACGCGGACAUCUUUCCUUGGAAUGGUGUGAUGGCGUCAGGUGUGGUUCCUCAGAUCUCCUUGAUCAUGGGUCCCUGUGCUGGGAGGAGCUGGUCAUACUCUCCUGCCCUGACCUACUUCACCUUUAUGGUCAAGGACACCUCUUACCUUUUCAUCCACAGGGUCCUGACGUUAGUGAAGUCUGUCACCAAUGUAAGACGCUCACUCAAGGAAGGAACUGGAGGAGCUAAAACACACACCGCCGUGUCAGGCGUCGCUUCCACCGUUCGUUUUGAGAACGACAUCGAUGCUUCUGCUCAACCCUCCUGAAACUUCUUCAACUUCCUUCCUUUAGCAACCAGGACCCCGCCCCCGUUACUGAGCUGCCACGACCCCAGGGCGACAUGGUUCCUGGGUCUGGACCACACUCUAAUGCUCGGGGUUCCCUGAUGGACCACUAAAGCCUACGACAUGCUGGACAUCAUCCAGGGGAUUGUGGACGAGAGGGAGUUCUUUGAGAUCAUGCCUAACUACGCUAAAAACAUCGUAGUGGGAUUCGCUCGCAUGAACGGACGAACUGUUGGAAUUGUAGGGAAUCAACCUAAAGUAGCGUCUGGUUGUCUGGACAUUAACUCAUCAGUGAAGGGCGCUCGCUUCGUUCGUUUCUGCGACGCUUUCAACAUCCCCAUCCUCACCUUCGUGGACGUGCCCGGCUUCCUGCCAGGUACGUCUCAGGAGUAUGGCGGUAUCAUCCGACACGGGGCCAAGCUACUGUUUGCCUUUGCUGAGGCCACCGUCCCCAAGAUCACCAUCAUCACUAGGAAGGCCUACGGAGGAGCGUAUGACGUCAUGAGUUCCAAACACCUGAGAGGAGAUGUGAACUACGCCUGGCCGUCUGCAGAGGUGGCCGUGAUGGGAGCCAAGGGUGCUGUACAGAUUAUCUUCAGAGGGAAAUCCAACCAGGCAGAGCAGGAGGCUGAAUACGUAGAGAAGUUUGCCAACCCUUUCCCUGCUGCUGUCAGAGGGUUCGUGGAUGACAUCAUCGUGCCGUCGACCACCCGGAAGAGGAUCUGUAGGGAUCUGGAGGUUCUGGCCUCCAAGAAACAGACCAACCCCUGGAAGAAACACGCCAACAUCCCACUCUAACACACAAACGCCUUCGACCACCCGACCUGUCGGUCUCCAAUUUCACCUAUAGCUUAGAGCAGGGCUCUCCAACGCUGUUCCUGGAGAGAUACCAUUCUGUAGGUUUUAUCUCUAACCCUGUUCCUAGAGAGAUACAAUUCUGUAGGUUUUUAUCUCUAACUCUGUUCCUAGAGAGAUACCAUCCUGUAGGUUUUCGCUCAAACUCCAAUCUAGCUCACCUGAUUCAAGUAAUUAGCUGAAUCAGGUU